AUGGAUUCUGUCAUCAAACAGAUCUGGUGCCAUGGAUUAUGUGACCUGCUACUGUUAUUGCAUCUCUUCUUUUCUGCAGGCUAUGCCCAAGAGGAACAGCUGAAGGAAGAGGAGGAAAUCAAAGAGGAAGAGGAGGAGGAGGAAGACAAUAGUUCAGUGGCUCAACUUCAGGGAAGCAAUGACACAGGGACAGACGAGGAGCUAGAAACUGGCCCAGAGCAGAAAGGCUGCUUCAGCUACCAGAAUUCUCCCAGAAGCCAUUUGUCCAACCAGGAUGCCGAGAAUGAAUCCCUGCUCAGCGAUGCCAGCGACCAGGUGUCGGACAUCAAGAGCAUCUGUGGCCGAGAUGCCUCCGACAAGAAAGCAAAUGUUCAUCCCAAACUUCCGAAGGAAACGCACAACUGCAUGGAUAAAAUGACCGCUGUCUAUGCCAACAUCUUGUCCGACUCCUAUUGGUCAGGCUUGGGCCUUGGCUUCAAGCUGUCCAGUAGCGAGAGGCGGAAUUGUGACACCCGAAAUGGCAGCAACAAGAGUGAUUUUGAUUGGCACCAAGAUGCUCUGUCCAAAAGCUUGCAGCAGAAUUUGCCUUCCCGAUCUGUCUCUAAGCCCAGCCUGUUCAGCUCGGUCCAGUUGUACCGGCAGAAUAGUAAGAUGUGUGGAACUGUUUUCACAGGGGCCAGCAGAUUCCGGUGCCGGCAAUGCAGUGCUGCGUAUGACACGUUAGUUGAAUUGACCGUGCACAUGAAUGAAACCGGUCACUAUCAAGAUGACAACCGCAAAAAGGACAAGCUGAGACCCACAAGUUACUCAAAACCCCGGAAAAGGGCAUUCCAGGACAUGGACAAGGAGGAUGCACAAAAGGUUCUGAAAUGUAUGUUUUGUGGCGACUCCUUUGAUUCCCUCCAAGACUUGAGUGUCCACAUGAUCAAAACAAAACAUUACCAAAAAGUGCCUUUGAAGGAGCCCGUACCAACCAUUUCGUCAAAAAUGGUCACCCCGGCCAAGAAACGUGUUUUUGAUGUCAAUCGACCAUGCUCCCCUGAUUCAACCACAGGGUCCUUUGCUGAUUCGUUUUCUGCUCAGAAAAACACCAACUUGCAGCUCUCUUCCAACAAUCGUUACGGCUACCAAAAUGGUGCCAGCUACACCUGGCAGUUUGAGGCCUGUAAGUCUCAGAUCCUAAAGUGUAUGGAGUGUGGGAGUUCCCAUGACACCCUGCAGCAACUCACCACCCAUAUGAUGGUCACUGGCCACUUUCUGAAAGUCACCAGCUCGGCCUCCAAGAAAGGGAAGCAGCUGGUAUUAGACCCGCUGGCGGUAGAGAAGAUGCAAUCCUUAUGUGAUCCUCCAAACAGUGAUUCUGGGGCUCCCAAGCCGUCAAGUAACUCUGUUCUAGACUGCACCACCUCCACAACGGAGGUGAAGAAGGAGAGUAAAAAAGAAAAGUCCGAGGAGGCAAACAAGGAUAAGAAUGUUGUGAAAAGCGAGGAAUACGAAGAUUCUCUGCAAAAACCCUUAGACCCUACAAUAAAGUAUCAAUAUCUAAGGGAGGAAGAUUUAGAAGAUGGCUCAAAAGGUGGAGGGGACAUUUUGAAGUCAUUGGAAAAUACCGUCACCACAGCCAUCAACAAAGCUCAAAAUGGAGCUCCGAGCUGGAGUGCGUACCCAAGCAUCCACGCCGCCUACCAGCUGUCAGAAACCACCAAGCCCUCUUUGCCGAUGGGCUCCCAAGUCCUGCAGAUUCGACCUAAUCUCACCAACAAGUUAAGGCCAAUUGCACCAAAGUGGAAGGUCAUGCCACUUGUCUCUGUGCCCACAAACCUGGCUCCAUGUGCUCAAGUGAAGAAGGAGCUGGGAGACAAAGACGAAGUCUUGAAGGACUGUGGGAAGGAAAGUCCCCACGAAGAAGCAUCGUCUAUUAGCCACUGUGAAGCGGAAACUUUCACCAAGAGUGAGCCCCCUUCAGAGUCCAAAAAGACUGAACCGUGUCCCCAAAAGGAGGAGGACAAGCUGAUGAAAGAGGGCGGUGAGAAGGAGAAACUGCAGCUCUUGGAGUCCACAUCUCUUAGCAAUGGCUGCGCCCUCACCAACCACACUUCGGCCCUGCCCUGCAUCAACCCACUCAGUGCCCUGCAGUCCGUCUUGAACAACCACCUGGGCAAAGCCACAGAGCCUCUGCGCUCUCCUUCCUGUUCCAGCCCCAGCUCAAGCACAAUUUCCAUGUUUCACAAGUCAAAUCUCAAUGCCAUGGACAAGCCGGCAUUGAGUCCUGCCUCCUCCAGGCCAGCCAGUAUGUCCAGGCGCUACCUGUUUGAGAACAAUGACCAGCCCAUUGACCUCACCAAGUCCAAAACUAAGAAAGCAGAGUCCUCGCAAGCACAAUCCUGCACAUCUCCACCUCAGAAGCACGCUCUGUCUGACAUCGCCGACAUGGUCAAAGUCCUCCCAAAAGCAACCACCCCAAAGCCCCCCGUCUCCUCCAGGGUCCCUCCAAUGAAGUUGGAAAUGGAUGUCAGGCGCUUUGAGGAUGUGUCCAGCGAAGUCUCAACUUUGCAUAAAAGAAAAGGCAGGCAGUCCAACUGGAACCCUCAGCAUCUCCUCAUCUUGCAAGCUCAGUUUGCCUCGAGCCUCUUCCAGACGUCAGAAGGCAAGUACCUGUUGUCUGACUUGGGCCCCCAAGAACGUAUGCAAAUCUCAAAGUUUACUGGACUCUCCAUGACCACCAUUAGCCACUGGCUGGCCAAUGUCAAAUACCAACUUAGGAAAACAGGUGGGACAAAAUUUCUGAAAAACAUGGACAAAGGACACCCCAUCUUUUAUUGUAGUGACUGUGCCUCCCAGUUUAGAACCCCUCCUACCUACAUCAGCCACUUAGAAUCUCACCUAGGUUUCCAAAUGAAGGACAUGAACCGCAUGGCCGUGGAACAGCAAAGCAAAGUCGAGCAAGACGUCUCCCGGGUGUCAUCGGCUCAAAGGUCUCCGGAAACAAUUGCUGGCGAAGAGGAUACAGACUCUAAAUUCAAGUGUAAGUUGUGUUGUCGGACAUUUGUGAGCAAACACGCAGUCAAACUCCACCUAAGCAAAACUCACAGCAAGUCACCCGAACACCAUUCCCAGUUUGUAACAGACGUGGAUGAAGAAUAGCCC